AUGAAGUACUCAGUGAAGGUACAGGUUGUUUUGGAUGUGGUGCUGGUUGUCUCGACCACAUUCAUGGUUCUACUUGCACCAUACACCAAGGUCGAAGAGUCGUUCAAUGUUCAGGCUCUCCACGAUUUCAUCAACGUUGGAGUCGAUGAGAUCAUGUUGUUUGACCAUGUCACAUUUCCAGGCUCGGUCAAAAGAACGUGCCUGGGGAUUCUCUUUCUAAGUCUUCCGUCCAUCUUUUUCCGUGACACUAUGAAAAAAUGGGCGGGCAUCCUGGUUUCAUUAGCAAUCCUGCUCCAUCGGACACUACCCACCUCAAUUGGGAUGUUGAGCUACGGAGGAAUUGAGGAGAUGUUCACAAUGACCAAGCUGCCACAACUAAUUGUCACGAGGUUCUUGUUGGCCAUCUUUACUUGUGUUUCUCUGAUUCAUCUCCGAAGAUCUGUUUUAUACUCGUGCUCUCAAAAUUCGAGGCUGAUUGGGUUAUGGUUUUCCUUGCUCCUUUACCCAUUGCCUCAUAUCAUCUUCUACUCGUCGAGGUUUUUGCCAAACUUUUUGUGUUUCCCAUUGACAAAUCUGGGUAUUGCGUUGUUCAUUUCAGGUGAUAUCACCAGAUCAUUAACCAUCCUUGUUUUCACAGGGAUAGUCUUCAGAUUUGAAGUAUUGAUAUUUACUGGCAUUUUGAUCGUCCUUUGUAUAUCUGGAUUUUUCAGAGAUGGCAACUCUCUAAUCUCGAUCAGAGAGGCAAUUGUCUCCGUUGGUGUUUCGGGAAUAAUGAGUAUUUUUUUAUGUUCAAGAGUUGAUUCCUAUUUCUGGGAUGUCAAAUUCGUUAUCCCGGAGUUCGAGUCUUUUGUCUUUAAUGUGAUUGGUGGUAACUCGUCAGAUUGGGGGGUCGAGUCACCAGUGGCCUACUUCACCAAAUACUUGCCGAAGUUAUUUGCGGCAGGGUUCGGCGUCGUUUUGAUUUUGUCACUGGUGUUUUUCAUCCUGUCACUCCUCAAUCUGAAGAUGUUUUACUGGAAGAAAGAACGUUAUAGGUUUGAAGUGGAUUACGUCAACUAUGGAGUGGGCACAAUUACUACUUUAAUGUGGGCAGCUCUAAUUUACAUUUGCGUUCUUUCUGUUAAUGGACACAAGGAAUGGAGGUUCCUUAUUUACACUGUACCCAUUCUAUGUAUUGGCGCUGCAAGCACGGCAGAAUGGAUGAUGUCAAAGUCUAAAAUUUUAAAGAGAUUAAUGAUUACCUUAAUCAUUCUGUGUUACACUUUUAGUUUGGCUUCCUCAUUCUUUUUCGGUUAUAUUUCUAGCUGGAAUUAUCCAGGUGGUGAUGCCUGCCAGAAGCUCAAUCUAAGAUUGAUUGACAUGUAUGGUUCAAGCCAGGGUACAAUGCUGAAACCUUUGAUCGUGCACUGGGAUGUGGGAACAUGCAUGAACGGAGGGUCAUUGUUCACUCAAAUUUCGGACAACAAAGUCUUGGGAGAUGGAUGGCUAGAAGAGGAAGGAGGACGGGAACCUAAGUUUUGGGUGAUAUACGAUAAAAACGAAGACUCAGAGGUAUUGAGUGAGAUCGUGGAUGAUUUUGAUUAUUGGAUUCAGUAUGAUGAUGAGGAAAUCAUACCAUUGAGUGAAGGAUAUCAAUGGCUGUUGGUGGACGUCUCUGAAGGGUUCACAGGCGUUGACUAUAAGUUUCUGGUUGACACCCUUAAAAACCCACGCAAGAUUGGUUUACAGUUACUUCUUGCAAUUAAGACAGGCGACACGAGCUGGUUCAAAAAUGUGGCUGAUUCUGUGAUCAAGAAGAAAGUGCGUGGUAGAAUAUGGGAACGUUCUGCAGCUGAUAAGGUAUUCAAUGGAUUAUGA